UGCUAAUGAGCUGGCUACUACUCUGAGUGUUAAAAGGAGACAGCUGGCCCCUACAGAAAGAGAACUCUAUUAGUUUCAGGUAGUAGUGUUCCUAGGAGGAGGACUGAGAAAAAGGCUUGGAAGAAGGAUCUAAGCAAUUAAUCUAGUAAACUAUUACUGGUGAGAUAACCUCCUUUUAAAGAUCAGGAUUGUUAUCUUAGAAGAAGAACUAAAGAUUGAUACCAGAAUGUCUGGAUGUGAAAAGAAAAAUGUGAAAUCCCCAGCUGUGUCAAAGAAAACCAAGUCUGCAAAAGCUGGGCUGCAAUUCCCAGUUGGCCGUGUGCAUCGGCUACUCAGAAGAGGGCACUAUGCUGAGAGAAUUGGUGCUGGAGCUCCAGUGUACCUGGCUGCAGUGCUGGAAUAUCUGAGUGCUGAGAUAUUGGAAAUGGCAGGAAAUGCUGCACGUGAAAACAAGAGAAGCAGGAUAGGGCCACGACACAUCCAGCUGGCAGUAAGGAACGAUGAAGAGCUGAAUAGUCUGUUUGCAGGUGUGACCAUUGCUGAAGGAGGGGUCAUGCCCAAUAUCCUCUCCCAGCUUCUUCCCAAGAAAACAAAAUCUUCUAGUCCAGGACAGAAAGAUGGCCAGUCACAGGAAUUCUAGUAGCUGUUAAGUUCGCUACCUCUGGGAUGGGUUUCCUCCAUAACUGUUAAUUUAUCAUGCCUACAGACUCUUGAUUUUUUUUUUUUUAA